AUGUUUCAAAAUUCGGUACUUCGUUAUUGUUUGAUUCACUCAGGUGUUUCUCGCUCUUUGUCAUCCAAUUCAAAGAAUACAUUGGUUGUAUUGACACAGCAAAACACUAUCAGAAAUGUACAUCGUACCAUGAUACAUUUUCAAGGUGCUCGGAAAGAUGGAGGCAUUUCUCACAUUCUCCAAUCAAAGAACAAGACUAAAGCAGCACCGGCUAGCACAACAACCACUAAUUCCAAAAUGAGUACGAAAGAACAAGAAGAAAUUGAUGAAUUACAAGCUUUGUUAGAAGAUGAAGAAAUCCUAACCCCACAGCGAAAGAAAACUACAGUACAGACACCCUCAAGUACAAAAUCAGCAACCAGCAAAUCUCAACCACAAACUCCACCAAGCACAAAAGCAGCACAAGCAGGCGCCUCGGCUUUUGGUGCAGCAGCUUCCUCAUCUAAAUUUGCAGAACAAAUGGGAUUUGAGGAAAAGGAAAUGCAACAAAUGUUGCAGGAUAUGGGACUUAAAGGAAGAUGGGAUCAAUACAAGGACAUGCUUGACUCCAUGGAAGAGGGAAAAUUGAAAGGAGCAAGCGAAAAUUGGGACGAAGCUGAUAUGGACCACGAAACUAAGAAAGCAUACAAGAUGUUUGGUGAGAAUUAUCUAAAAUCUUUGAAGAACGAAUUCGAUAAGCCAGCACUUUUUGAUUUUAUCAAGACUCAAGCAGAUGGUAAAACAGGUUUUGAUAUGUCAAAUUUAGCUAACAUGGUUGGAGCAGUUGGUGCUACCUCAGCUAGCUCUCAGGCAUCUUCAAGAACAGCUUCAAACGCUCAACAACAACACACAACCCAACAUCCAGCAACAAACACAACACAAGCAUCACCAAAUUCAUCAUCUGCUUCGUCAACAAGGAAAAAGAAACAGAUCACUUCGGAUGACUUUAAUAUGAACCUGGAUUUUGAUGCCAAUACUGUAGCCCAGGAUUUUGAAAAUCCAGAAAUGCGAAAAGCGCUGAAAGAUAUGUUUGGAGCAAAAACUGAUGAAGAUUUAGAUAAAUUCAAAGAUUCAAUGAUGAAGGUAUUGAAUGAAGGAAAAAGCCUAAAGUCUUUGGAGGCAGAGAUAGAGGCUCAAGUGAAAGAAUUAGAUGCUAUUUUCUCGUUUGGCAAGGAUUUGAAAAAUGGCAGACCAUCCAAAAAGAAGAAGUAA